AUGUUUACUUUUGGCUUGAAACGGACUUAUCUACAACUUAAUAAACUCAAGAAUUUUAGAAAUCACUCCAGCGUCUCUCGAGGUGUACAAGUUUUUGUAAAGAAAAACUUACUGCUCACAAACAGUAUUACAUCGGGGGCCUUUAUGGCUUUGGGGGAUUUGGUGGAGCAGGAAGUAGAAAUCCGAAGAGGACUUACAACAGCGUACGAUUGGACACGCAUAGGUCACAUGUUUACUGUGGGGACACUUUUAGGCCCAUUGCAUCACUAUUACUAUGUGGGAUUAGAUAAAUUAAUACCAAAAGUAUCUGUUAAAACAGUUUUAGUCAAAAUAUUAUGUGACCAAACAAUCGCUGGACCACUUACUAUUGUUUGUUUCUACUACGGAAUGGGACUUUUGGAGAGCAAACCACUUGAAGUGUGUACAGAUGAAUUGAAAAAAAAAUUUCUAACAACCUUAGUAGGUGACUUCAUCUAUUGGCCACCAAUACAGUUUAUCAACUUUUAUUAUCUUCCAACUCAUUACAGAGUUAUAUACAUCAAUGCAGCAACAAUGUUAUUUAAUGUAUUCUUAUCAUACAUGAAGCAUUAUGAUCAAAAAUAA